AUGCCCAAUUCGGAGUGGCGUAAACAGAGAGGUGACAAACCCUUGACUGAAGGAGAUCACGAAACGCUUGGGUGCUGUCGGUGCUUCCCGCCUUCCGGGAUGGGGAUCGCGCUUUCAAAUAAAUCAUGGUUGUACGACAGUAAAGCAUCGGUGUUGAACAUUGGUGUCAUGCUGUCGAUGAUGAUGAUGAUGAUGAUGAAUGUGUACCAUGAAUUAGACAAAAAGCAGAUUUCAGUUGACUGUGGGGUGAAUAAUAAUAAUAAUAAUAAUAAUAAUAAUAAUAAUCGUUCAGCUGUAGCACUCUUUCGGUGCCUAGCUGCCAUGCCACCCGGAGGAAGCGCGAGGGCUAGGAUACUGCCAGGUCGCCGAAGCCUAGACAGGGGAAGUCGAGUGACAGAGGUCGGGUUCGAACCACGGGCCUUCCGCUCAGUAAAUUCGCGCUCUAACCACUUGGGCCAUUUCGCCCCUAGUAGGUGA